ACAUAUGCUCAGUGGCCGAUGUUGACUGAUUUAAUUUCUCUUUUACUUGAUCAGGAUGGGCGUAUUUUUUAUUGAACCCUCUUGUUUGAACAUUUAUAUGCGUUUUCUCUUUUCGGUCUGUCUAUUUAUGACUUCAGGUGUCUGGACUCUUAUUCUCUUCGCCUUCUCUCGUUGAUGUCCCCUCUUUGUUAGCGUGAACAGAUGUUAACAUGUCCAUUGAUUGUUCGAGUUUAGCAUUGUAUCUACCUUCGCCACGUUCGUUCCACCAGAGCCUCGGUCUUCUUUUUAUUUCUCUUUUUCAUUUUCUCCCCCGAGGUUUCAUUCCGGGAGGUCUUUUUUUUCUGUCAGGGCCCAUUUCUGUCGAGAGUUUAGGAGCCAGCGGCGGGAAUCUUUUUAUUUUCAAUCUUCGCCUCUUUCUAAGCGGCUGGAGCAUCUUCCUUGAGGGGUUUCUUGGGAUAUACUUCCACAGACAUAGCAAUGCAAAGCCACAAUGUGGUUGUCACCGGUAUACAUUUAAUCGCGCAUCUAUCAGUAGGAUAAGUGAGGGAGAUUUAGAUAAAAGGUAGCGUAUCGACAACACCAGAAAUCAACUGGAUAAUCUCAUCCAGCACCGAAACAACAAUUAGGAACAUUCCGGGUGUAUGCACGAUCGAAAUGAU